CGUCGAUGCAACAUAAUCUUUCUAUAAAAGAGAAAUGUCUCAAGAAUGUUUUCAUUGCAGGAUUAAAUUCUAAUAACCAGCUAUUAGCUGAAAAAUAUGGAAAGAAUCUUCCAUUAGAAGAGUUGGUAAAACUGCUGAUUAGAAAUGAAAUAUCCAUUGAGCGUGAUCCACCACCGCCAUACCACCCAUGA